AGAAUUUGUCUGACUGUGCAUUUGGCUAUUAUUUCACAGCAAAUAUUUCUUUCAAUCUUUGUAGGCUUUAUAUAGUGGUCUAAUGCUUAAAACCUCUACAAAUUUUGUGAGCAAAUUCAGAAGUACUCUGUAGUCGUUGUACCUCAAGUACAAAGUUUUGCUAGAUACCUGCAUGGUAUUUGAAUAGAUCUUAAUGUAUAUAGGGGUUAAGAAUGUAACGCAUAACCCCAAUUGAUUUAUGUACAAUAAAGCUGCCAGUCAGUACAGAUCUUGGUAUUACCAAAGUUGCUAUAUAUAUAUAUACGUUUAUAAGCCAUAUAGCAGAUUAUAGUUGUAACCCGUAUGUCCAGGUAAACACAGGUAGAAAAUUACCUGCACAUUUAGAUGUACCUGUGUGGUUCACCUGGUAUAGGGAUUAUACACGACACAUGUAUUGAUCUACUAUCCCGUAGACGAGGUCGGUACCAUGUGACACAGGUAAACAAUACCUGGCCAGGUAGACGACGCUGUACAGGUGUGAGUGAGCAUAUGGCCUUGUGGGUAUAGUCCACGGCGAGCGUAACACGCUGCACUCGAGGAUCAACACUGGACAUGCGAUAUGGACAAAGUUAUGUGUUCAUAAGUGACAUAAUCGUGCAGGUUUUCAGGACCUAGUGUUGUGUUACCUGUGAAUUUAUUGGAUGGAAAGUGUUGAUAUUUACAUAUCACAUCACAGAGCCUGGCAAUGGGCAACAAAUCUUCAUCCCGGAAAGAUGCAGAGCAAUACGGGGAGACACGUGCUAGGAGCCGGUCUUUCAAUGGCAUCACUUCAAGAUUCCGGCACAAAUCUCCCCCAAGGGAGAGAAGCUCUUCUUUCUCAGAGUCCCGACCAAAGAGAGGCAGCUUCAGGUCCAACAAAUCAGGGCAGAAUUCCAAUAGGAAGUCUUCAAAAGAUGGAGGACAGGAAGCAGGUCAGCCAGUCAGUAUACGUAACGGAAAAUUGAAAACAUCGGAAUCGGAAUCAAAGAUUUUAUCUUCAUCGGCACCGUCUCGUGCGCGCCAUUUUCCUACUAGUCAUAGUGCAGGAUCAAUCACUUAUAUAGACAAUAAGGAACGAGACACGUUGGGUCGUGAUACAAUACGCAGGUCACUCACGCGUAAAGAUAGCACGGAAUCACCGCGGCUUUCUGCGCGAAACAUGCGUAAUGUGUCUCAUACCCUAUACGAGGAAAAGCUGGAGGAUAUCUCCAAGCGACGUGCUCUGGCUAUCAUGAAUCGUGAUCUCUCGCUCUCGCAAGCAAGUCUGUCCAAAAUGUCCAUAAAGUCACAGUCAAUGAACAGUCUGACCUUAGACAAUGACCUUGACCUCGAUCUCAACUGGACAAAUAACAAGGUCAAGAAUGAUGUUGAGUAUGCUCAAAUUUCUGUACGACAACGCAUCGCCCCAUUACCCAUGGAUCUCAGUAAUGAGUAUUUCCGUCCUCGCACCAGCUCUGCCCCAGCUGUUGACCUUGUUAAACCGAAAGGUGUCACUCCAAGGUCAGUGGCUAUGGGAACUAGUGUACAAAUGAGAAGAACUUCACACCAGAUUCAUUCAGAAAAAAGAAAAGAAAGAGACUUGAAGCGUAGGUCACUUGAGGUCGACGACCGUAAACGUCGGUCCCUGGAAGUUGAAAUCAGUCAGAGAAGGUAUGAAACCCUCGAUGACCAGAAAAGGUCUCCGGAGGAAGUCAUGCAUGCCAGGAGGAUGUUGGUAUUCCGUGCCCUCAAAGAUGAGGGUGAGAUGAUUUAUUCAACCCCUCCCGAUUUACGAUCAGUGUCGCCAUCUCAGAGUGAACGUUCCCUGUCUCCCGGCAGCAGGGCUGUGUCGCCGGCGGACAGAUCUGGUUCCCCUAGCAACAGGUCUAUAUCCCCUGGUUACCGGUCGCCAUCAAAUAGAGCCUCGUCACCCUGAGAUUGGGCAGUUUACACCAAGAUCUCAAUCCCCAGGUGUUGCCCAGAACAGGAAUUCUAGUCCCCGUAGUUAUAGUCCCAUUAAAGACACAAGUCCAGGUCAAGGGUCACCAGAAAAAUAU